AUGGCAUCAGUGACAUUACGCCGUGUUCGACCGGCGACCAUCGCGGCUACCGUUGCAGCGGGAGGCAUUGGCCUGGCGGCGUACUCGAGGUUGUUCAUGAACAAGGCGUCUGCCGAGUCUGGAGCACCGCCAAAGGUGUUUGGUGCGGGGCCUGCGUUUGUGUCGCUUGCGCUGGAGAGCUCGGAGGAUGUGAACCACAACACCAAGCGAUUGCGCUUCAAGUUACCACAGAGGGAGGCAGUCAGCGGUCUUUCAUUGACAUCUGCCGUCCUGACCAUGUCAUGGCCUGAGGGCAGGUGGCUUCCCGUGGCUAGGCCUUACACGCCCGUGCAACCUCUCGAUGACACCGGAUACCUCGAACUCAUGGUAAAGAAGUACCCAGACGGCAAGCAGAGCACACACAUCCACUCCCUCACACCAGGCCAAAAGCUCCUCUUCGCCCUCGCCAUAAAGGGCCACCAAUGGAAGCCCAACAGCUACAACCACAUCACCCUCAUCGCCGGCGGCGCAGGCAUCACGCCGAUCUACCAGCUCGCGCAGGGCAUUCUCCGCAACCCGGAGGACAAGACGGCCAUCACGCUCGUCUUUGGCGUCAACUCGGACCAGGAUGUGCUCUUGAAGCAGGAAUUUGAGCAGUUUGAAAAGGAGUUCCCCGACAGGUUCAAGGCCGUGUACACGGUGAGCAACCCAGUGGCAAAUUCGCCGUAUCGAAAGGGGUAUGUGACGAAGCAGUUGUUGGAGGAGGUCGGGGUUGCGCCGAAGAGGGAGGAGGAUACAAAAGUGUUUGUGUGCGGUCCGCCGGCGAUGGAGGCGGCUCUUGUGGGGAAGAGGAGUGCGCCGGGGGUGUUGCAGCAGUUGGGGUAUCGGAAGGAUCAGAUUCACCAGUUCUAG